AUGAACAGUUUACGCCGUAUUGGCACCAUUGUUUCGAGUCGUCCCGAUUAUGGGCUAAUUAAUUCAACAGCAUUACGCCCUCCCGUAUCUGACUUUGUUCGACGCUCGCAGCAAACAAAUCUAAUUAGUAUUGAUUGUUUGCCUCAAAUAUCUGCGAACUGUCACAAUAACUCUCUUAAAUUCUGUCUAGUCAACAGUCGCUCAGUCAGGAAUAAGACCGGAGAUAUCGCUGACUACAUCGUGCAUGAUUGCAAGCCCGAUAUUCUUGCAAUUACGGAAUCUUGGCUGGGCAGGGAUGAUGAUGCGGUACGAGCUGAGUUAUGUCCUGAAGGUUACGAAAUGGAUGAUCACGUGCGUGGCAUGCGUCGCGGUGGAGGAAUUGCCUUGUUGUAUCGAGAUUUUCUUGGUGUGACAAAAGUGGAUGCAGGGAACAAGAAAUCAUUUGAGUUUUCUGAGUGGCUGGUUAACUCAUCGUCUGCACAUCAACUGCGUAUUCUUGUUGUCUACCGACCUCCUUAUUCAAGUGAACACAGGAUACCCGUGAGUGUGUUCUUGGCUGAGUUUUUUAGUCAUCUAGAACCGUUGUUACUGUGCAAGGAACCGCUAUUGAUUUGUGGCGAUUUUAACAUACACGUUGACUCCACUGAAGAUCCUGAUUCUGUUAAGUUUUGUGAUCUACUUGAAUCGGUUGGAUUGCGGCAGCAUGUGAAUCAAGCUACCCAUGUUAAUGACCACACCCUUGACUUAAUAAUAACACGUUUUUCGGAUAAUAUUAUGGAUGGCAGACCCGGCAUUGAUCGGUUUAUAUCGGACCAUGCCGCUGUUGUCUGUCAUCUUGCAGCUCCAACGUCAUUGAUAUCGUAUCGAAAAAUAACUUAUAGGAAGUUGAAGUCUGUGGACCGCGAUGUUCUCAGGGAGGAUCUGGCAGCUACAUCACUGUGUACCUCCCGUUAUUGUGAGACGGAAUAUCGGCGAGACGAGAACAGCACUGACGCUUUGGCACGUGAAUACAACUUAACUCUCAAGAAAUUGACUGAUCGACAUGCUCCACUAAAAACAAAAGUGCUUCGGGCGAGACCAUCUGCUCCUUGGUACAAUGUGGAUAUUGACGCAGCUAAGAGACGACGUAGGAAGGCUGAAAGAGUGUGGCGGAAAAGCAAAUCACUGGCUGACUUUACUGAGUUUAAGUCUUCUAGAAAUCGUGUGACUUAUUUAAUAAACAAAGCAAAGAAAACAUAUUACACUGACUUCAUUUCGGACAACAGUGAAAAUCAAGGUAAGCAUUUCCGUGCGGCAAGUAAACUGUUAACCACCAAGAACGAAUUAAACUUCCCAAAUUACACCAACAAUACUGCGCUCUGUAAUGAUAUUGGGGAGUUCUUCGUGCGAAAGGUCUCUAAGAUUCGCUCUGAUGUGGAUCGGCCUGUUCUUGAUGAAGAAUCAUGUGCUCCU